CAAUUGGAAAGCGGAAUGGCGCAGCCCAACCCAACCCAACCCAUGGACACCAGUGAAGGCAACCGGCCCUCCCCCCUCCGUGCCCACUCCCCGCAGCUUCGGGCUCCGGCCAUGCCGUCGUCGUCGUCGCUGAUCCAAGGCAUCUCCAUCUCCGUCUCCGACGACGACGAGGCCACCGGUAAGGUGCGCGUCCGCGUCCGCCGCAAGCGCUCUCGCGGCCCCGUCUCCGCUUCGGCGCGCCGCCGCCGCAUCCUCUUCCGCGCCGCGCGGCUGGGCGUGCCGCUCCUCCUCGCCGCGCUCGCCGUAUCCCUCCUCAUCUACGAGUCCUACCGCCUCACGCCUUCCCGCUCCUCCACACUGCCUCCGCCGUCCUUCGCGGAAAUCAGCCGCCUCUCCCGCAACGCCCGCGCCGCUGAUGGUGCCAGGAAGUCAUGCCUGAAGUUUCUUGAUCCUGAGAAGCUUCAAAAUCUGGAACUUCCAGAAAUUCCUGAAACAAAUUUGUCAAUCAAGGAAGUUGUGUACAGAUCAAGUCUGCCCCAUAUCGACAAUGAUACACCAUCACAUACAGAGAGUUCACGGUUUAACUCAUUCACAGGAUACCAGACACUCACUGAACGAGAAGAAAGCUUCAAGAUGAAGGAAAGUGUGACAGUGCACUGUGGCUUCUAUAAUGAAAAUGGAGGGUUCAGAGUUUCUGAUGUUGACAAAGAAUACAUGAGAUCCUGUGAAGUACUUGUUGCAACUUGUGCAUUUGGUGGAGGUGAUGAUCUUCACCAGCCUAUAGGGAUGACCGAAAACUCCAUCAGAAAGGUAUGCUAUGUAGCUUUCUGGGAUGAAGUCACUCGUGAAGCUCAAGAGGAGGAAGGACACAAGAUUGGUGAAGACCUCAUGAUUGGUCUAUGGCGGAUAAUUCUUGUCAGCGAUCUUCCUUUCUCAGAUCAACGGUUGAAUGGGAAAAUUCCCAAGCUGAUAAGCCAUCGUCUUUUCCCCAUGGCACGGUACUCAAUUUGGGUGGAUUCAAAAUCUCAGUUCCGGAGAGACCCAUUGGGAGUCCUUGAAGCCCUUCUGUGGCGUUCGAACUCUUCUUUAGCAUUAUCUGAACAUGGAGCUCGGAGUAGCCUAUACGACGAGGCAAAAGCAAUUGUUAAGAAACACAAAGCAACUCCAGAAGAAGUUGAAGUGCAGUUGGAUCAGUACCGACAAGAUGGCAUCCCUGAUGAGAAAAGGUUCAAUGGAAAGAAAGCUCUGGCAGAAGCUUCAGUGAUCGUGAGGGAUCACGCCCCGCUGACCAACCUCUUCAUGUGCAACUGGUUCAACGAGGUGGUCAGGUUCACGUCCCGGGAUCAGCUGAGCUUUCCCUACGUGCUGAGGCGCCUGAGGCCGCCCGGCGUGCACCUGUUCCCCGUCUGCGCGCGCAAGGACCUGGUGAACAGCUUCGGGCACAGGCGCAAGGUGAAGCCGCUCGUCAAGGAGACGACGACGUGAGCCCCUCCUGGAAUUGGGCCUCCCGUCUGGGCUUAAGAUCAGCCUGCCUGAUUAGUAGUAGCCUCUCUUCUUUCUUCCAUCCAGUUCAUAAAAAAACAAACCGUCGCGUUGGUGUAGGAGGAUCCUGACGUAGUGAAAUUACAGUCAGAGAGUAGUCACUGAAGGAUUGCAACGUACUAGAGGGUAGGUUAGCCUGGUAGGGAAGGAUGUUCUAAGCUGACGACAAGGUGUUGUCGACGUUGCUGCAGCAGGCGAAGAUGGCCUGCCUGUCCAGCUGUGGUGUACCGUUCCUCCUCGUGAAAAUGGAAGAUGUCUUCCCCAGGCCUGAAUGCUUUCCCAGGUUACGGCCGUCAAUCCUGAUGGUUGCAGAGCAUCAGAGCAGCAUGGGAUUAGCAUGCUCUUCGCUCAGAUAAUUGAAUCGUACUAAUCAUCAUAU